AUGCCACAAGUUGUUAAUAUUGAUGGUUCGAGAGAUAGACGAUUUGGUUCGUUUCAACAACCUGUAUUUGGCUCCUCGGAUCUUCUAACACAGGGUCGUUCACAGUAUUACAAUGAUAUAGGUGCACAUAACGGUCCAGGUGUUUAUCAGAUGAUGACAACGUCAGGAGUAGGAAGACCCACAAUACAGUAUGCCGGUAUGUCGAUGGAUGUUCAUCGACGACUGAAUGAACAUGGUCGUGGUGGAAUGGAUAAUAUUGCGGUGCAAAUGCAACAAGCCGCCAAUCGAGGAAUGGAUCUACGUGCACGUUUUGCUCCCGCUGACAGUGCAUUCGAGGCUAGAGCACAAGAAUUGUUUCUGCUGAAUCAACGAGAUUAUGCUUGGAAUUCAAGAAACAACGGCGGAAUGACAUUUUCUUGGUGGUAA